GCGUCUCGGGUCAGCCUGGCGGGUUGUACUUCCGGUCUCGGCGGCUCCCGGCUGCGGUAGGCCUUGCGCUCGCUAUGAGCUUCUUGAAGCGCAUCCCGGAACCGAGCGAGGGGAUCCGGCUGCGGAAACCCGACACGGAGGCCGUGCUCGGCGGACGCGGUCUGGGCAGGGGCAGCCUGUACAUCGCGGAGAGUCGUCUGUCAUGGAUAACAGAUUCAGGCCUUGGAUUCUCAUUGGACUAUCCCAUCAUAAGCUUACAUGCCAUCUCCAGGGACCUGAAUGCUUACCCAUGGGAACACUUGUAUGUAAUGGUGAAUGCCAAGUUUGAAGCAGAAGAAUCCAAAGACAAUCCCGUACCGGAGGAGGAAGAGGAGGAGGAGGAGAGUGACGACGAGCUUGAACCCAUCUCAGAAUUCCGAUUUGUACCCAGCGACAAAUCAUCAUUGGAGGCCAUGUUCACUGCCAUGUGUGAAUGCCAAGCCCUGCAUCCCGACCCGGAAGACGAAGACUCGGAGGGCAAUUACGACGGCGAUGAAUAUGACCUCGAGGCUCACGAAAUUGGUCAAGGCGAUAUCCCCUCCUUCUACACGUACGAGGAAGGCUUGUCCCGUUUAACGGCCGAGGGCCAAGCUACGCUGGAGAGGCUGGAGGGCAUGCUGGCCCAGUCCAUUAGCACCCAGUACCACAUGGCUGGGGUGAGAAUGGAAGAUAAUCUUGGGGAGUUUGAAGAUGGAAUGGAAGUCGAUGCGGGCCCAGUAGUGACGGGACAGUUUGAGGAUGCCGACGUUGAUCAUUAAGAAAGAUUCUCCUGGGCGUCUUCCAAGACUGACAAGCUUUUAAGAAUGACCACGGUUCCCCUAUAAGACCUAAACGUGAAGACUGUAAAUGGUUUUGUAGCUGUGCUUAUAAAACAUGAUUUGACUUUUUUUCAUACACAUACAGUACAUGCAACACACACACAGGGGCAAUUAUAUCUUGGCUCUGAUUGGAGAUUAAUUAUGGCUUACGGGCGGAGGGCCUUUACACGAUAUACUGAAGCAGGGAUGUCC